AUGGCGUCCCCGCAAGCUAUGGAUAUGGACCAUAUGGAGGUCAAGUCUGAGCAGGGUCUUAGCCCAGAUGCCUAUGUCAAAGAGGAGGCAGCGGGUGUCAAAGAGGAGGAGGAAGACAAAAAGAUGGAGAUGAAGCAAGAGAUGGCAACCACUGAGUGGACCGAGGGUCUGAUUCCUGAGGCCACCGACUUGGACCUGCAAAAGAACCUUGUGAUCUCAGCGCUGAAGCAGUUGCUGGAGAAGUUUGGAUCUGCCCGGGUUUACUUGGAGCAGAGGUACAAGGAGCGUGCAGAAGCCAUGCUUUUCUAUGAGUAUCUCCACACUUUGUCUGCUCAGAGCCACCCCAUGCACAACCUGUUUGACUCCAAGAAGUGGUCAGAGCAGCCAUCCAGCACCAUGCUCAAGUUGCCCGCCUGGUGUUUUUCGUUUGCAGCGCUUUGCAGCGUGAAGCCAGAUACGGAUCAAAAGCACACAAUGGAUCUGGCCGAGCAGAUCCUGACCAAUGGCUUCGAGUCACAGGCUGACCCGCUGCUGGUUACGCUCCGACCUGAUGUGAUGAAGGCAUGCCCGUGUCAAGUUCAGCCUGCAGACCGUUUGCAGCCCUUUGCAGUUGGGUUCUGCAAGGGCAAGGCAAGGAUGCAUACCUUGCUGAGCAUCUUGAGCAUCUUUCAUGACAACAACCUGAAGAUUGAGGAAGUUCACCCAACUCUUUACGAAAGUGUUCAAUACAUCUUUUGCCAGUAUGUGGAGACCCAAACCUUGAAAGACGAAUUGCUGAUGAACUUCAAGAACUCGAUCAAAGGCAGUUUGCGCAAAGCUCCUAGCAUCAUGUGCUGGGUCCAGGCAGUCCAGAACCUGAUGGUUUUUGGCAAGGUGGAUGUUCAGGCUCUCAUCAAAAAAUUCAACUCGCAAAACCCUUCAAACUUUCAGUUAACGGGUUCGAAAGCUCAAGCAGUCCGGGCCUUGCUGGAGGAUUUCCCCGUUGAAGCUUUGAAGUGUGUGCAGGAGCACGUGCAGCUGGUUGGAUGGCAGAGCUGCGCGUUUACCGAUGAUGCUUUGUCGUCGAAAAAACUGCUACCUGGACACACCUUCCGCAAUGUCAGCGGGUCAAAAACAUGGACGGCCUUGGGAAGAGUGACGGUGGGGUCGGCAACUUUGGCAGUUCAACAUGCUGUGAAAAAGUUUGGGGCCACCAGCCCAGAAUCCAGGCGGAAGUUUACCCGCUCAGAUUUGGAGCAGUUUGCUCAGCAGGCAGCCUUUGUGAUCAACAUGGCAGGCCAUGCAAAGCAAGAAGUGCCAUUGGAUGAUGGCGAGAUCGAGAAGAAUUGGGUGACCGCUUGGAUGCGGUGUGACCAAUCUGUGAUGUUGGAGGUUCAAAUGCAUUUGUCUCAGAAGGAUGCCUCGCUUGAACCACGAGGUGUCAAGCAACUUGCGGAGCUGAUGGAUGCCCAUGCCAACUCUGUGCCGGUGCAGGGGGCCAAAGCAAUGAAGAUCGGCGAGCUUGAGGAAGACACUUGGAAACUGGUGAAGAAUCGACUUGAGUAUGACUGGCAGGCUAUCCGAGUCUAUCGGAUUCGCUUGACCAGCUUUGAAGGGACUUUGUAUCAGCAAAAGCUUGCGCACCGGAUGAAAGCUUGGGAAAACAGCCAUGGUGCUGCAGGGGCAUUCUUGAACAGGAAUGUCAAGAUCCUGUGCUCCACGCAGUCCGAUGAGAACUUGAGGCGCUUCGCUGACUUCAAGUCCGAGUUUUGCAAGGCCUAUGGACUCCAGCAAGACAAGCUGGUGACUGUGGUGAUGCUCAAUUGGGCAGCUGUGUGCAGAAUCCGAGACGCUUUGCGAAAUUGCCAGGCAAACAUGGCUAGUGUGAUCUUGAACCAGAGCUGUUCGGCUAUGGCUGUGGCUAUCAUGCCAGAAUUCAGCUACAAACGUGGUCAGAGCUGGAGAGCUGAGAUGUCCUGUCUGGAGGCCUUGAGCAAUGGUGGGCUCUUUAUCGACCGGAGUUUGGCAAUCCAGUUCGAAGCGCGCAAAGACACCCGUGACACACGUCCCUUGGUGUACAAGGCCCGAAUUGCUAUGGGCCAAAGUUUCAGGGAGAAGGACUGGGUGUUCGCUGCAUGCCCACUGGUGAAGGAAGGCCGCGCACCCCCCAUUGAGCAGCUUGCAACAGCUGACAUGAAGGUGGUGGAAGACUGUGCUGAUGGUGCACUGCCGCACACCACAGAUGCCGAUGGGACUGUGGCAGGAGCGAAGAAGUUCGAGCAGCUGGGGAAGGCCACCUACACUUGUCUCAUCGAGAACAGUUUGGAAGGAGUGGAGGUGGACCCCAAUGGCGGCAUCAUUCUGGUUGAUCUCAACAUGUCACCUGGUGACAUGUUCCAGGGCUGGAUCCAGCAGAGGCAGCAGUGGACCAAGCCAUCAGCCUACAUCGCAUUGACCGACGACAAUGUUGCAGAAGAGUGGUUUCUGCAGACCCAAACCGAGUUCUUGACAAAGGGGCACUUGGCGGCAGAGAUCAGUUUGCCAGGCAGUGACAACCAGAUCUUCUUGAUCAAUGGAUCUGCUGCUGAUGUGAAGAUGAAUGCGGGCAUGAUCGUGGCUGGCUUUGGGCAAGGAACUUGGAAAAAGGCAUCUGAAUCUCAGGACUUUGGCGAGAAAGAGGUUGAGUUCAAGAUGUCCCCUGAGUCCAUUGUGUUCCACGCAGCGGCUUUGAGAACGGUGAAGGAUCUGCUUGAAGCUGAGCUUUUGAAGAACCCCAGCAUUGGCAUUUGCUACCACACAAAAGUGGACAGUCCCCAAGCUGACCAACCGACUCAGUGGACCCUCACACAAGAUGAGCGUGUGGGGUUUGUGCCCAAAGGCUUGACAGCUGAGGAGGAUCCGGAGGCAGGUGUCACUGCCAAGCAAGUCAGCUUUGCAGCUGCUGUGCCAGUGAACACCUGGGGUGGCUAUGCCGAGGUGGUCUUCCUGACCCGUUGGAGUGCAAAGGGUUUGUUGCCUGUGCGCCCAGCAGUGCUCUUGAUGAGCGAUGUCGUGGUGCCUGCAAAGUCAGCUUUGAUUUUGUCCAAGUGA